AAGCCCCGGGGCGCGGGCGCCGGAGGAGGGCGCGUCCGGGGAGCGGCGGCGGCUGGUCUCGUCGCCAUGUCCCUGCAGGCUGAUUUUAACAAAAUUGCAGAAGAUGUGAGGAAGCUGAAAGCAAGACCAGAUGAUGAAGAACUGAAAGAACUCUAUGGGCUCUACAAACAAUCCGUGGUUGGAGACAUUAAUAUUGAGUGUCCAGGAAUGUUAGAUUUAAAAGGCAAAGCUAAAUGGGAAGCAUGGAACCUCCAAAAAGGGCUGUCGAAGGAAGAUGCCAUGAGUGCCUAUAUUCCUAAAGCAAAAGAGCUGAUAGAAAAAUAUGGAAUUUAAAAUUCAGCUAUGAGAAAGUUUUCCUUUUGAAGCCUUCAUAAUGGUAUCAUGACCUACCUAGGGAAGAAAUGCACCGUUAACUCUUUACACAUCAUGAAUAUGUUUGCUGUUAACAUGAAUUGUAGUCCUUAAUUAGAGGUAUGCUGAAACUAUAAAUUUAAUGGAAUUUUACUUGCUAAAAUCAGGUAAUUUUAAAAGUUCUUUAAAAAAAAAA